CAAGAAUAAACUUAUGAUUCCAACUGAGAUUUUUCUUUCCUCCAGAACAGAUUGGUUUGGCAUGCAAUUUGGGGUUCUAGUGAAAUGGAAAUCCAUAAUGGUGGUAGGCCAAGCGUGAUUUCAAGUUUGGAGAGUUGUAUGAGAAAAUGCAUAUUACGCGUUCUAUCCAUAGGUCCCAUCCCCAGUCAUAUUGCCUUCAUAUUGGAUGGAAACCGGAGGUUUGCUAAGAAGGAGAAACUGGAAGAAGGAGCUGGUCACAGGGCUGGAUUUACAGCUCUUAUAUACAUACUUAAGUACUGUUAUGAGUUGGGAGUAAAGUAUGCGAGUGUUUAUGCCUUCAGCAUUGAUAAUUUUAAAAGGCGACCUGAUGAGGUUCAGUACUUGAUGGAUCUAAUACUGGAGACGACUGAGGGAUUGCUCAAGGAAGAAAGUAUUGUCAAUGCAUAUGGUAUUGGAGUGCAUUUUGUAGGCAAUCUGAAGCUUCUGAGUGAGCCUGUCAGGGUCGCAGCAGAGAAAGUUAUGAGGGCUACUGCCAAGAAUACCAAGUGUGUGCUUUUCAUUUGUAUAGCCUAUACUUCAACUAAUGAGAUUGUGCAUGCUGUUCAAGAAUCUUGUAAAGAUAAAUUGAAAAAAAUUGCGCCAUCCAAUCCCAACAAAGCUUGCAAUGAUGGGAUUGAAGAAGUAGGAGAAUAUAUUAACAAGACAGAUGGCGCAAUCACACACGGUGUUAGAGAAUCCUGCAAAGAUGAAGCAUACGAUGUUGUGACCAAAGGAGCUGAAGGGAUUGACAACUCUAAUACUGUGAUUGUAAAUGCAAAUAGAACUAGGGACAGUGUGAUUUCAGUUGAAGAAAGUGAUAAGGUGCUGUCGUUUUCUAGCAUUAAUCUCGGAGACAUUGAGAAAAAGCUGUACCUCGCACUAGCCCCUGAUCCUGAUGUCUUGGUUAGAACUUCUGGUUCGAACCGCCUGAGCAACUUCUUACUUUGGCAGGCUAGUAAGUGUUCACUAUACUCUCCACAGGCACUGUGGCCAGAAAUUGGCCUAUUGCAAUUUGUGUGGACAGUGAUAAUCUUCCAACGUAAUCGUUCUUAUUUGGAGAAGAAAAAGAAGCAGUUGUAGCAAUUCCUUUUUCUGCCUUUUUCCUUGUCCGAUUUGGGAUGGUUAUCCAUAUCAUUGUGCAAACUGACUAGAAUUUUGUAACAUCAUUAGAAC